AUGGCUUUCUCAUAUGGAGAGGUUGCUCCUAACAUUGAUACUCGACUAAUUGUUGACUUGCGUUGGUCUGGAAGGGUCAACCCACGUUAUGAAAAUUGUGUUGAGUUCUCACACACGAACAGAAACACAUCUGGAAUUCCACCGCCAACGUUCCACUUCAGAAUAACAAAGGAAGAAGGCGACGAAGUUCACAAGAUGAUGACUGAUAUGUGCAAGGCAGCAACUGCCCUUGGUGGGUUCAUUCAUGGCUCAGAGCCUUCAUUUCAAAAGCCUGGCUUAGCCCUCCACAUAACUCUAAGUACAAGACUUUUCUAA